GGGCACCGCGUUACCAUGGCGCUCGCGAAUAAAGGCGCGCGUACAGCCUCACUUUCAAACAACCCGGGCGAGCGCGCGCGCGACAUGACCAACGACGUGGAAGACCGCGAUCACCUUCAUCAUCAUCAUCAUCAUCAUCGUCGCCGCCGCUGCUCAUUUCCGUGACCGGGUGCACGCUGAUGGCCGCGCCGCCGGUCCCUGCCGGUCACCACCACCUGCGCGUGCGUUCGGGCUAAAUGGAGGAACGCUGCGGACUUUGGUUCUGGUCCUGCGCGAGCGCUCGGCCCGAACACAGCAGGCUUCGGUGUUUUCCUUCUUUCCCCGAUUUGACCGGACGCCGUUUUCUGGGGAUUUAACCGGUUACCGGAGAAGUCUCGGUCCCGGUCUCGAGUGAGAGAAACUACCUGGCGCGGAAUCUCUCCGUUCUCCGGUGCUGCUAUGAGUCCCGGUUUGCUUCAACACUGUAACCUGGUUCUCCGCACCGCCGUGCUCGUUUCCCUGGUCGCCUUCGCAUCCUCUCACUCGGCUGAUAAUAAGUGUGGAUCACCACUUGCCAUGACGUGUCAAGAAUGCCUGAGCCGUGGACCAGAUUGCGCCUGGUGCUUUCAGAAGAGCUUCCUAGAUGGAGUACCCAGUAGUAAGAGGUGUGAUUCUGUUGCUCAGCUUAUGCUUAAAGGAUGCAGGGAGGAAUUUAUUGAGAAUCCUGGAGUUCAAGUGGAGCUAAACAUGAAACUAAGCAGCUCACAGGUGUCUCCUCAAGACAUCUCCAUCCAAUUGCUGCCAGGCAGUGAGGCAAGCUUCACCGUGGAAGUGACGCAGUUGGAGUUGUAUCCAGUAGACCUGUACUACCUGGUGGAUGUCUCAGCCUCCAUGCAGGAUAACUUGGACCAGCUGAAGACUGUCGGUGUGAACCUUUCCCACCGUAUGAAAGAACAUUCCAGCGAUUUCCAAGUGGGUUUCGGAUCGUUUGUGGACAAGCCAGUUUCUCCCUAUAUUGAUGUGCAUCCUUCGAAAAUCAGUAACCCUUGCAGAGAUUAUGAGGUCAAUUGCCGGCCAGCCCACGGCUUCAUCCAUGUCCUGCCCAUCACCGACAACAUGACAGAGUUCAAGCAUGUCAUUCAGCAGCAGAGGAUCUCCGGGAACAUGGAUACACCAGAGGGAGGCUUUGACGCCAUGCUGCAAGCAGCUGUGUGUCAGAAAGACAUUGGCUGGAGACCUGAGGCUAAGCACCUUCUGCUGGUCAUGACCGAUCAGCCGUCUCAUCUUGCACUGGAUAGCAAACUGGCGGGCAUCGUGGUGCCCCACGACGGGCACUGCCACCUAAAAGAUGGCACUUAUUCCCAGUCUGCCCACAUGGAGCAUCCAACCAUCGGGAAGCUGGCAGAGAAGCUUCUAGAAAACAGUAUUUACUCCGUUUUUGCUGUGAAUGAGAUGCAGUAUAAGUGGUAUGAGGAUUUGGUGCCUUUGCUUCCAGGUACUUUCCUGGGCAGGUUACUUCCCAAAGCCUCUAAUCUUACAGACCUAGUAGUGGAUGCAUAUAAGAAACUCCUAUCGGAUGUCGGAGUGGAGAUAGAAAUCAAGGACAGCGAAGCUCACAGAUUCUGGGUCAGUGUAACAGCAGUGUGCCCAAACGGAUCCACUGCAGCUGGAAGCACUAAAUGCACCAAUGUUCAACCCAAGCAAAAAGUUUUCUUCAACAUCACAGUGGGAAUGCGUGCAUGCCCAGAAAAGUAUGAUUCACCGCAGAAAGAAAAUGGGCCUGAGGUUAUGCUGGUUGUGAAACCUGUGGGAUUUAACGAAUCCACGACUGUGCGAGUGAGACAGGCCUGUGCAUGUAGCUGUGGUGGGGCAGGACCUUGCCAUGACAACCCGGAAACUUCCCUCUGUGUUUCUGGAGACGCUCCAGCCGACGAGGGAGACGAAAGGAGUUUGAUGGACAGUUGCCGAGAUGUAAAGACAGGCCUGAUGUGCAGCGGCAGGGGAACCUGUGUCUGUGGGGCAUGUGUGUGUGACCCGAGUAACCUUGGCACCAUCUACGGAAAGUUCUGUGAGAUGGAUGACUUCUCCUGUCCCAAUGAAAGGGGGAUAAUGUGUGCAGGACAUGGCCAGUGCGUCUCAGGGGAGUGCUCAUGUCAGCCCAGCUGGACUGGUGAGAGUUGCGGAUGCCGCAGCUCCACGGAAAGCUGUUUGUCGGCUGAUGGCUUGGUGUGCAGUGGCCACGGAAAGUGUGUCUGUGGCAAGUGUGUAUGCGAUCACCUCCGACGUUUCGGCCCCUUUUGUGAGAAGUGUACCACCUGCUCGAACUCCUGUCAAUCACACUGGAGCUGUGUGGACUGUCACCUGUCUAAAGGCUUUGCAGCAAACGAUUCUCUGCAAUGCAACAGAAGCUGCACUUCACUGGUGGUCUAUGUUGAUGACAUUUCGGAGCUGACCAGAGGGAAGCACUGUCUGUACCACACCAGGGAGCAGUGUGUCUUCAAGUUUCAUGUGGACAUGGCAUCACAUCAACCACAGCUACGAAUUAGCCGGCAUGCGGAUUGCGUGUCCAGCUACCGGUACUUUCAAACCUUCCUCAGUGUUUUCCUCCUCACCGUGGUUCUGGGUCUGGGAAUCCUGGCUGUAAUGCGUUUGCUGCUCCGCGGGAGGAACAGGUCACUGAGGGGACACGUCAUCGAGCAGUUCGAUGACAGCAACAAGAUCCUGUCGUACGUGCCGACCCCCAACGAGAAGACGAUAACCUACAGACGCGAUGGUCUCCCCGAGCACCCAAUGGAGAUGCACGUUCACGUUCACAAAAUGCCCCUGCAUGACAUCUAUCCAUGAUAUGCGGAGGACAGAUACGAAAGGAGGGAUACAAGAGCAAUAAGCAAAUGAAUGAGUACUUGUUUUCGGAAAGCACACUCCAUAUUUGUGUAUUUGUGUAUGUGGUUUUGCAGAAGUUUCCUUUUUUCCUCCUAAGAUGGAACUCUAUCUGGGUCUUUGGUACUCUGAAAUACCAUUGUGCUAUACAUUGAAAGCCUGUGAGGCAAAAAUACUGGAUUUUGGUUUAGAUUAGAUGUGUUGAAUGGGUUUUUAUUUAAGUUUAUACUGUUUUUUUUAGUCAGUUCGUUGCAGUGUAACACUAAGAUUUUUUUUUUUAAAGCACUACAUUAUUGCAAUAGCAGACCUCAAGUUUGACCCGUUUUUUGGUGUUAGACUGCCGCCUAGUGGGUGAUACAGACAUGACUAAAAAUGCUUUGUAUUACACCAGGCAUUUAUUGUAGGUACUAUAUACUGGUGUAGAUCGCAGGUUCCCACUAACAGACCUGGAAACCCCUUGUCAAGUAUGGUGUUUUCCCUCCUCCAACACACAAACACACAUCAGCUUAUAAGUUGAAGUGGGCCUCAUGAACAUGGGGGUUCUCCAGGACCAAAGUUGGAAUACAAGGUGGUAUCACAAAGUUUCGAGACUAGCUCUGUUUACAAGAAAGUACUUUAUUUAUCUACGUUUACACACAAUCACCUUCUAAACAGUCCCUGUGCACAGCAAUACACCGCUCCCAGCGUUCCUGCCACUGGAAUGUGUCCUGGAAGUCUUUAUUUCUAAGCGUGCCAAGCAGAUCUCCACAGUAUCAGAACGGUGACCUUUGAGCUGGACCUUCAUCAUUGGGAUGAGGGUAAAGUCUGCAGGAACCAAAUCUGUUAAGUAAACUUCGUCUCUGUGGCAGAUUUGCUCAGUUUCAUGCAGAAUUUCAUGUUCGCUCUUCGUUCUAAUUCGCUGUCCAUGAUGAAAUCGCAGACAUGGUAACGCACAUGUUCAGAAUAGCACCACUUGAUUUUUUUGGCACACUGACUUAUGAAGAUCGGUGCUCCCUGUGACUGUGCGUGCAGCCUCGUGCUGCCCUCUUUUGGCGUGUUACAAAACUAGUCUCGAAACCUUUUAUACCACUUUCAAUGUGUUAAAGGUACGUGAUUUCUAUGGGUCCUUGCAAAUUAACCAUAGAGCUACUCUGUGUAAAUAUCUGUCCAAUAACUGUGUAGAGCAUUUAAUUUGGACUUAAUGUACAAAGUUGACGGGGUUAUGCUUACAGUAAUUACUGCACUUUGUCCAUCUCGAGAAAUAUUUUACUUUGAGAUGUGCUGUCAUAACUGGAAUUUUACUGUAUGGGUGGUUCUUGUUGCGUCUGUGUUCCUCACAUGGGUUACUCUGUUUCUAUGUUCGCAAAUGUGAAUUGCCAACCGAGUUGCACUCGUGUGCAUCAAACUACUGAAAUCCAGCGAUCCUCCUUUUUUUAUGUUUUUUCCAUGAGUUGAUGCAGUGCUAAUACGGAGCUCUUCGCCGUAGGUUAGUUUCAACACUGUUUACAAUCGAACACUAAGACGUUUAUUUAUUGAUUUGAUGUAUUUCUUUUAGGGGUUUUUUUUGUUACUUUUGAAUGCUUUUUACUGCUCAGUAGAACGUUUCUGUGGAGCAAUUCAUUGCUAUUUGUUCAUAAUUCUCAUGCACUAUUGAUGUUUGUUGAUCCUUAAACACUAAUUCAAUAGAUUCUCUUUCUUUUUUUUACUUGAACACAAUAAAACCACUGAGGGUC